AUGGUCAACGAAAUCCCCAUCAGCGCAGUUGAAAAAUUGGAGCAGGCAAUUAGCAAGCACCUGAGAAGGUGGCUUGGACUUCCACCUUCCUUUACCAAUAUCGGACUCUACGGCAAGUCAACAAAGCUGCAGAUGCCCAUUAGCUCCCUCGUCGAGGAGUACAAGAUCGCUAAAACACGCCUGCUACUAACACUCAGAGACUCAAGUGAUGGUAAGAUUAGUGGAGCAGGAAUAGAAGUUAGAACGGGAAGGAAAUGGUCAGUGAGCCUGACUGUAGAACAGGCUAAAAGCAGUCUCAAACACCAGGAUAUUGUAGGCACUACAAACAAGGGUAGAGAAGACAGCCCCCAGUUAAUCAGCUUUGUAAGACAAGGGGAGAAGAAGCCGACAAAAACAAUGUGUAUCGGCAUCCUACAAGAAUCGGAAAACUGGGAUAUGUUGGUAGAUCUGGGGGAAAAGUUGAAGUUUCCAGAGGAAGUGGCCCAUACCACCCUUUGGCCAAACAUAGUACUUUGGUCCAGGUCUCCAAAGCUGGUUGUACUGGUGGAGCUAACAGAACCCUGGGAAGAGAGAUGCGAGGAGGCAUACGAACUGAAGAAGGGAAAAUACCAAGACUUGGUGGACACAUGUAAAGAGAGGGGUUGGAAGACGUGGCUCUAA